ACCUUUUGCUGCAGUCUGCCUGAAUUUUGGAUUUUAGGUUUUGUAGCUGCGGGGAGAGGAGAUGGGGAGGAGGAUAUUGAACGAUGCCUUGCGGUCGAUAGUGAAUGCAGAAAGAAGAGGGAAAGCUACGGUUGAGCUGCAACCUAUUUCUACUGUCAUGUCUUCGUUCCUCAAGAUCAUGAAAGAUCGAGGAUAUAUCAAGAAUUUUGAGGUUUAUGAUCCCCAUAGAGUUGGGAGGAUAAAGGUUGAACUGCAGGGGAGGAUAAAAGAUUGUCGGGCGCUCACUUAUAGGCAAGACCUCAAGGCAAAGGAAAUAGAACAAUACAGAUUGCGUAUACUUCCUACUCAUCAGUAUGGAUAUGUUGUGAUAACUACUCCAGAUGGUGUCUUGGACCAUGAACAAGCAAAGGAUCGGAAUGUGGGUGGUCAGGUUCUUGGUUAUUUUCAUUAGAUGUCUACUUGGCAGAAGCUAUAAUUUUUAUCUUUGGUUGAAGCCUGAAAUUUUGUAUCAAACUGUGUUAUACAUUAGAAAUAACUUUUGGAUUCAAUGAAUCUCUCUUCAGUAAUUUUAAUUGAACUGUGAUUGAACGACUGCAUAGCUGAUAAUAAGAAAUUUGAUGGGGUUGAGUUUGAUAUC